AUGGUCGACACCAAGAGCUCUGCCGACGUGUUGUACCUCGACGCCUUCAAGAAGAUCGGCCUAACUAAUGAGGACCUCACCCUCAUGGCAUCGGCGCUCAUCGGAUUUACUGGGGAUUCCGUCUCCCUGCUCGGGACCACCAUCCUCCCCGUUACCAUCGGGGAAGAACCGAGAGCCAAGACGAUGAUGACUACCUUCAUGGUAGUCGACCUUCCCUCGGCCUACAACGUCAUCCUCGGCUGCCCGACACUCAACAAACUGAAAGCGAUGGUUUCCACUUACCACCGGGCCAUCAAAAUUUUGACUUUAGUAGGGGUCGGGGUAUCCCGAAGUGAUCCUAGAGAAUCAAGGCAGUGCUACCUUACAUCGGUCACUCUUCCGGAGAAGUCGCGGCCCCAACAAGCCCCGAAACCCCGUAAGGAAGCCAGAACACCGACACACCUGGAGCCACCUGAACAACUCGCCGAGAGAAAUGCUGAUAUGUUCACAUGGUCCUCAAAAGAUAUGCUGGGAAUUGACCCGGGGGUGACCCAGCACCACCUCAACAUCCAUCCCGAGGCUCGACCGGUGAAACAGAAGCCGAGGAAGUUCACCCCCGACCGACAAAAGGCAAUCAGUGACGAGGUCAAUCACCUUAGAGAGGCCGGAUUUAUAAUCGAGGUGAAAUACCCCCAGUGGUUGCCAAAUGUAGUCCUCGUUAAAAAACACAGUGGAAGCUGGAGGAUGUGUGUUGACUACACCGAUCUCAACCGAGCAUACUCCAAAGAUUGCUAUCCAUUCCCGAUGAUAGAUCAACUGGUAGAUGCCACCGCAGGCUAUGAACUUCUUAUAUUCAUGGAUGCGUUCUCGGGCUAUAACCAGAUCAGGAUGGCACCACAAGACUAA